UCUAACGAGGAAAUCGAAGUGGAAAGAAGGGAAACGAUCUAUUCCAAAACCCUACGAUUGCGAUCGAGCGGUUCCUGGACCGUUGGUGUCAAACACGCACGUUAUGUUUGGUCAUUUUGUAGAAGGCAAAUAGGAGUUAAACCACAGGAAUGUCUGCAUUCAAUUCUGCAGUUCCAAGUCCUAGACUGAAUGUUUCAUCGCCCUUAGGUUUGAAAGUUACACCUGAUGCACCAAGAAGAAGGUUGACUUCAGAAACUCUAAAGGGGGGAGGAAUUAGUGGGAGCAAUCCUAAUACUGUGAAUGACCUUCAGGACAAAAUUAUGGUGCAGUCGUUACAUGAUAGAUCCAAACAUAUGGCAGAAUUGAAGAGAGAGUUGUUUGUUUCAGCACUUGGUUCAGGCCAUAGGAAAUUGAGAUCCAAACCAGAGAAGCCCAAGUGGCAAUUUUAUCUAAGCUUUUUCUUCAAGAUUUGCUUGCUAUUAGCGGCCAUUUUAUGGCUUGGUUUGUUGAUAUGGAAAUGGAGAAAUAUGAUUAAAUAUAGCAAGGGAUUAUAUGAUUUUGACAGCGAUGGCAGGUUAACAGAAGUGGAAGCAUCCUUGAAAAACACUGCAAGAAGGUUGCAGGAUCAGUUAGAUGUCGUUGACAAAAAAAUUGGGACUGAGGCAGAGGUUGCAAAGAAGGAGCUGAAUAAGCACGUGGAAGAGACAGAUUUGCUCUCUGAGAAGAAGUUGAAGUGGUUGGUCUCUCUAACUGAUGACUUGGACAAAUCACUUUCAGAGAUAAAAGCCACGGGAUUCUUGUCAAAGGAAGAGUUACAGAUAUUUUCUAACAAGUUUAAAGACAAAGAAAAAUGCUCGGGUAGCACUCAUGAAAUAUUGGAUGAUAUUAGAAAAUUUGCUAAAGAGAUAGUUGAAAAGGAGAUUGAGAAGCAUGCAGCUGAUGGGUUAGGAAGGGUUGAUUAUGCUUUGGCUUCUGGGGGUGCAAAGGUAAUUAAUCAUUCAAAGCCCUACCUUGUUGGUAAGUCUAGCAGCUGGCUGGCUUUUGGAAAUUCCUUCAAUCGAGUUCACCCUGACCCUAAUGCUAAGAAAAUGCUUGAACCAAGUUUUGGGGAGCCUGGACAGUGCUUUGCUUUGCAUGGCAACAAUGGCUUUGUCGAGAUUAGGCUUAGAACUGGAAUUGUCCCACAGGCAGUAACACUUGAGCAUGUCUCCAAGAUGGUAGCUUAUGAUCGGUUGAGUGCUCCAAAAGAUUGCACAGUUACAGCAUGGUCUGAAGGGCCUGGCAGUGAUCCAUCGAAUGGUUCGGAGAAGAAGUUCGUCCUGGCUGAAUUCUCAUAUAACCUGGAAAAGAGUAAUGCGCAGACAUUUUACAUUCAAACUGCUGUUUCAGAACUUGUCAAUGUUGUCCGGCUUGAUUUCUCCUCGAACCAUGGGAGCUCAACUCAUACAUGUAUUUAUCGGUUUAGGGUGCAUGGUUCUGAGCCCACUUCCUUAAAUGUGUCAGCUGAAGGCAAAGAGAAGUACUAAAGUGUGAGUCAUUUUUGCCAACUCAGGAUUUGUACAAUGGAUGACGAUGUUCCAUUGAAGUGGAUGUUUUUCUCAAAUACUGCACAGUUCUUCCUAGGUCAGGUUCGAGCAAUUGUCUUUCCACAGGCUCUACUUGGUGGUUCUCAAGGUGGUAAAAUAGCUAGCAGAUUAACAGCCGCAAGUCGCAACUCCACGAGUUUUGUAAUAAGGAAAAAGAAAUUUCCUGCUGCUAAAGGGAAAAAAAACUUGUUGGAAAUGUCAUCUUGAUAUCACAGGACAGUUUAUUAUUAUUUAUUUAUUUUUGAGUUGGUAUCAAAUAUUCAAGUUAUGCUGGUUAA